CUCUCCGGGCCACGCCCCUGUCUCCGGGGCGGGCCGGAGUCUGAGGAAGAGGAAGGGGACGAGGACAACGGGCGGCGGGGCGGCGGAGGACGCGGAGGAGGAAGAGGAGGCCGACCUACAAGAUGGCCCCUGCUGCAGGAGCGGCCUCGGCAGCAGCAGGUGGGGGGCUGGAGGCGGCGCUGGCGGCGGCGGCCGAGGCCCGGCGGCCUGGGACAGAGUCAGCGUCGAUGGUGGCAGCGGCGGCGGCGGCGGCUGCCGCGGCGGUGGCGACGGCCGCGGGGACGCGGAGCUGAGAGGAGCUGCUGCUCGGACCAGCGCGGUUAAUUUCACACUAUGUGCUGACUGUAUCUACAGAAGAUAUUUAACGAAAAAAAAAAAGAUAAACUUUUUUCAAAGAUUUUGAUUCCAGUGGAAUCUUUGCUUUAGAUUUGUGUGUGUGUGUGUGUUAGUGAAUUGUAACUCCAGAAGCAAUGCCUGUACAAGCUCCACAAUGGACGGAUUUCCUCUCCUGCCCAAUUUGCACUCAGACUUUCGACGAAACAAUUCGAAAGCCCAUCAGUUUGGGCUGUGGCCAUACUGUCUGUAAGAUGUGCCUGAACAAACUCCACCGCAAGGCUUGCCCAUUUGACCAGACCACUAUCAAUACUGACAUUGAGCUCCUCCCCGUGAACUCAGCAUUGCUGCAGCUAGUGGGUGCUCAGGUCCCUGAACAGCAGCCCAUUACUUUGUGUAGUGGGGUUGAAGACACAAAGCAUUAUGAAGAAGCCAAGAAAUGUGUAGAAGAGUUAGCAUUGUACCUGAAACCACUCAGCAGUGCUAGAGGAGUGGGUCUGAAUAGCACUACCCAGAGUGUUCUGAGUCGCCCAAUGCAGAGGAAGCUUGUGACUCUGGUUCACUGCCAGCUGGUGGAAGAAGAAGGCAGGAUUCGUGCCAUGAGAGCUGCUCGUUCUUUGGGUGAACGAACAGUUACAGAGCUCAUUCUCCAGCACCAGAAUCCUCAGCAACUCUCUUCCAAUCUUUGGGCAGCAGUCAGGGCUAGGGGCUGCCAGUUUCUUGGACCAGCAAUGCAGGAGGAAGCUCUAAAGCUGGUUCUGCUGGCCUUAGAAGAUGGCUCUGCUUUGUCAAGAAAAGUACUGGUUCUUUUUGUGGUGCAAAGGUUGGAGCCACGGUUUCCUCAAGCCUCUAAAACUAGCAUUGGGCAUGUUGUUCAGCUCCUUUAUAGAGCCUCCUGCUUCAAGGUCACCAAACGUGAUGAAGACUCUUCUCUGAUGCAGCUGAAAGAAGAAUUUAGGACCUAUGAAGCUCUGCGGCGAGAACAUGACUCCCAGAUAGUGCAGAUCGCUAUGGAAGCAGGCUUAAGAAUUGCACCAGACCAGUGGUCCUCUUUGCUUUAUGGAGACCAGUCUCACAAAUCUCAUAUGCAGUCCAUUAUUGACAAGUUGCAGACCCCAGCCUCUUUUGCUCAGAGUGUUCAGGAACUAACUAUUGCUCUCCAGCGGACUGGAGACCCGGCAAACUUGAACCGACUAAGACCCCAUUUGGAACUAUUAGCAAACAUUGACCCAAGUCCAGAUGCUCCUUCUCCUACUUGGGAACAGCUAGAAAAUGGACUGGUUGCUGUGCGUACAGUUGUGCAUGGGCUGGUUGAUUAUAUCCAGAACCAUAGCAAAAAAGGAGCAGAUCAACAGCAGCCUCCACAGCAUAGCAAAUAUAAAACAUACAUGUGUCGAGAUAUGAAGCAAAGAGGAGGAUGCCCUCGUGGCGCCAGCUGUACAUUUGCACACUCACAAGAGGAACUGGAAAAAUUUCGUAAGAUGAACAAACGUCUGGUUCCCAGAAGACCUCUGAGUGCCUCUUUGGGUCAGCUGAAUGAGGUGGGCCUGCCUUCUGCCGCCAUCCUUCCAGAAGAAGGUGCAGUGGAUCUGCCUAGCAGAAAACCCCCUGCUCUACCAAAUGGAAUUGUGUCAGCAGGAAAUACAGUAACACAGCUGAUUCCACGGGGAACAGAUCCCAGCUAUGAUUCUAGUCUGAAACCAGGGAAGAAUGAUCAUCUGAGCAGUAGUGCUCCAGGAUCCCCUCCUGACCUGCUAGAAUCUGUCCCUAAGAGCAUUUCUGCCUUACCUGUGAAUCCACAUCCUGUACCUCCAAGGGGGCCAACAGAUCUGCCUCCGAUGCCUGUCACCAAACCACUUCAGAUGGUACCACGAGGUUCUCAGUUAUAUCCAGCACAACAAACAGAUCUUUAUUAUCAGGAUCCUCGAGGAGCUGCCCCACCAUUUGAACCAGCAUCUUAUCAGCAGGGUAUGUACUAUACUCCACCACCAUGUGUGUCCCGCUUUGUCCGACCUCCACCAUCUGCUCCUGAACCUGGUCCUCCCUACUUAGAUCCUUAUCCACCUUACCUCCAAGAUCGUGUUGUGAACUCUCAGUAUGGUGCACAGCCACAACAGUACCCACCUAUGUACCCACCUCACUAUGAUGGCCGUCGAGUGUACCCUGCUCAGUCUUACACAAGAGAGGAGAUUUUCCGAGAAAGCCCGAUACCCAUUGAGAUUCCACCUGCUGCAGUACCAUCCUAUGUACCAGAGUCCAGAGAAAGAUAUCAACAAGUGGAGGGUUACUAUCCAGUAACCCCUCAUCCUACUCAAAUCAGACCUUCAUAUCCCAGAGAACCUCCAUAUAGCCGGCUUCCUCCUCCUCCUCCUCCUCCCCAGCCCCUUCCUAGUCUAGAUGAGCUACAUCGCCGAAGAAAGGAAAUAAUGGCCCAGCUAGAGGAAAGAAAGGUUAUCUCUCCACCUCCUUUUGCACCUUCACCAACAUUGCCUCCCACAUUCCAUCAAGAGGAAUUUUUGGAUGAAGAAUUGAAGGUAGCUGGGAAAUACAAAGGAAAUGAUUAUAGCCAAUACUCUCCUUGGUCAUGUGACACCAUCGGCUCCUACAUUGGAACCAAAGAUGCAAAACCCAAAGAUGUUGUGGCAGCAGGGAGUGUGGAAAUGAUGAAUGUGGAGAGUAAAGGAAUGAGAGACCAGCGAUUGGAACUUCAGAGAAGAGCAGUAGAAACCAGUGAUGAUGACCUCAUCCCAUUUGGAGACCGACCAACAGUAUCUCGGUUUGGUGCCAUCUCUCGAACUUCCAAAACGCUAUAUCAGGGUGCUGGCCCAAUGCAGGCUAUGGCACCUCAGGGAGCUCCCACAAAAUCUAUUAACAUUUCAGAUUAUAGUCCAUAUGGAACCCACAGUAGCUGGGGAGGUUCUCCAUAUUCACCUCAUCAAAACAUAACUUCUCAGGGACACUUCAGUGAGAGGGAGCGAGUAUCUAUGCCAGAAGUAGCCAGUCAUGGAAAACCCCUUCCAUCUGCUGAGAGAGAACAGCUCCGGCUAGAACUGCAGCAACUGAACCAUCAGAUUAGCCAACAGACUCAGCUACGUGGAUUAGAGGCUGUUAGUAACAGGCUGGUGUUGCAGAGGGAGGCAAACACCCUUGCAGGCCAGCCACAGCCGCCGCCACCUCCUCCAAAGUGGCCUGGAAUGAUCUCAAGUGAGCAGUUGAGUUUGGAACUGCAUCAAGUGGAAAGGGAAAUUGGGAAGAGAACCCGGGAACUAAGUAUGGAGAACCAGUGUUCUCUGGACAUGAAAAGCAAAUUGAAUACAAGCAAGCAAGCAGAAAAUGGACAACCAGAACCACAGAACAAGGUUCCAGCUGGGGACCUUACCUUGACAUUCAGUGACAUACCGAAUGGAUCAGCCUUGACUCAAGAGAAUAUCAGCCUCCUAUCAAACAAGACCAGCUCUCUGACCCUAUCAGAGGACCCAGAGGGAGGAGGGGAUAACAAUGACUCCCAGAAAUCAGGAGUUACUCCCAGUUCUGCUCCCUAAAACAUGAGGAAUCCUAAUAUUCUCUUCUGCCCCUAAUCAAUUUGUGGGGCAUAGGGGUAGAAGAAUAGAUGACUUCUAAACAUGUUCUCUAAGAGUGGUCAGAGAAAUCCAGGAAAAGCACCAGAGGCAAUGUGCACAAACACCACUACUAAAAACAAACCCUGCACAUAGUUCACAUUAAUGCUUUUUUUUUAAUUUAAAGAAAAAGAAAAUUAGCAGUAUCUGCAAGCAAUUCAGAUUAAAUUUGUUUUUGUUCUGUGAAUGAACUUUAUUUUAAUAACUUUGGACGCCUUGGAUCCAGGGCUUUAAAAAAAAAAAAAAGAUGAUGAUAUUAUAUAUACACUCUGUUUGAUUAAUUGUAUGAUCUUAAUGAAGUAGGUUUUUCUUGUAUUUUGGUAUUAUUACAUACCCAGUGUAUAAUUCCUUAGCCCCAGUCCUUUCUAACUCUCACUGCUCCUUAAACUAAAACAGACAAAAAGCACUGGCAUUUCUUAGAAUUUUGUGGUGCUUGACAAACAGAGACAGUAAUAGACUGAGUUAUUAGAAAAUGUGCAGCAAACUACAUUUUCUCAGACCUGUUUAGAAUUUUUUUUCCUUUUUGUAUCACUAGGUUCAUGGGUAGAUAUGUUUUUGUUAUGGCAUUGAAACUUUUGUUGUUACCUCUUAGAAGGGUUUUAUUUUUAGCUUUUCAGAAAGAGAAUUAACAACUAAUGUUUUAGUUCCCUGUUUAGGAUACUUUGCAUUCUCUUAAUAUAAUCAGAAAGGCAAAUCACUGUUUGUCUUGUUUAAUUAGAUUUUAAUGAAGAUUAAGAGCAAGAUGUAAUUUGUUAGCACUAAAAAUACCCAAUUGGUGUAUUGGCUGGGCUGAGCUCUUGGUUGGAAAUUUGGAGUUUUUUUGUUUUGUUUUGUUUUGUUUUUUAACAAAUUAAACUUCACUAAAAUCAUAGAAUGCUCACAAACUAGGACAAUCAUUCACGUUUUAAAACUAACACUUGAUUGGAACUUAAAAUGAACACGGACACAUUAUUUCAAUGAAUGAAAUAUGGAUACAUUUUUUCUCUCACUCUCAAAAUUUAAAAAAGCAUAAAACAAAACCCCUGUAUACUGGAGCCCCUGGCUUUCAGAAAGAUUUGGCAAAUAUAAAACUGCCUGAAUCUUAAGGAUGGUUUAUGAAUUGAUUACUUUUUGCUGUCCCAAAGUAUUACCAUAAAUAAGUAGUAAAUAUUUUGAAGUUAAUUUUCAUUUAUUAGGUAUUCCAGCCUUGAAAAACUUUGUUCAAGAAAAUUUUGAAAAGAGGAAGAAAUUUUUUAAAAAUUUCUUUAGUUCUGCUGCACAUAUUCUGAUACCCUGAGUCUGUACUUAACCCCUAUAAAGCAUGUUUUGUGGGGAUUAUUUCGCUUUCUCUGUCCCUCUGUUUUCCUGAUAUUUUCAGUUUCCCUUUUUGGAUUAUACUACUAAAUCAGAAAGCACUGGUUAUGUAAUAAGUUACUGCAUUGCUUUGGUUGGGUAAAAGCAAAAGUUUAUAUUUUUCUUGUUUCUUAUAUUCUUAACCCUUAACUCCUGCUGAGGUCAUAACAGCCUCAGUCUAAGCUCUGUUUCCAUUAUAUUGUUAACUGAAACAAAUGGGGGUGGGUGGGAAGGGUAAUACAGUCCUGCCAUUGCCUACCAGUAGGAGAGUCCAAACCGAACACUCUUUUGAGUAGCGAUUAUUUAAUUUGCCCAGUCAAGGCACCGUGUUUAUAUACUAUUUCACAUUGAAUUUGAUUAUGCCCUACAGACCUGGCUGGUCAAGGAUUUGAUAUACACAUUUGGCUUGGGAUUCGAGCUUUCUUUUUUAUUUAAAUAAAAAUUUAUAUAUAUAUUAUAUAUAUACAUAUAUACAUAGCUAUAUCUGUAUAUAUAUUGGGUAUGUUUUAAGGAUUUCUUCGCAUGAGCGCAGCUGUUGCGAUAAAAUGACUGAUUGGGAGGUAGAAGCACUGAACGAAGGUGAGGCAUUUUUUCAGUUGAUACAUACAUUUUCCAUUUUAAAAAAAUGCAUAUAUUUGCUUAUUUUGGCCUUUUAAAAAAUAAAAACCCUGUUAUAUUUACACUUUAAGUACUUAUUGUUUGUUGGGAGAAGGAAAGAAACUUUUGUUAUGUCUGACAGAGUCUCAAGAGUUUUCAUUUCUCUAUAUAAAAGGCAACAUUGUUGGCCUCCAACCUUCUGUAGGCAAAUUUGGACAUAUCUUAUUUCUCCUUUGGACAUGUCAGAUAAUUCCUAAGUUUUAGAAGCAGUUGGUUUACUUUGGAAGUUGGAAUGAUUUCUGGUAUUAGAAAAGAAUUUAUGGGUAAUGGUUUUGUUGAAGUUCAGAAUAAAAGUAAAGUUCCAUUUGGGGUAUUUAUUGAGACCCCUGAUAACUCAAAUUCUUUCAUCUUGUUUCUUCAUAUACACUAAUACUUUUUUAUGUAUUUUCAUUUGGGGGCUAAAAAAAUCUUUUCUGCAUGAAUUCUCGCUGUAGCCCUCCCUGUCCCUAGAGGCAGUCUGAUUGGAUAGAAAAGCAGAAUGGUAAACUGUCCUUUUGUCUAGUAGUUCAGCUGUUUUAAAUUGGUCAUUCUGCAUUACCUGAUGGAAAUUGUUACAGCUUUCCUAGUGUCCUCCAGUGGGUUUAGGAAUUUAUUAAAACCCCAGAACUUUGUUUUGUUUUUGUUGUUUUUCUCUUGGAUAUACUUUGUGUUAUGAGGAGCCCGUAAAGGUAAAUGGCCUAUUAGGGCAUACGAAUAACUACUUGAUUCUUCAACUGCUUUUUUAUCAAAAUCUGGAAAGCAUUGAUUUUUUUUUUUUCCUGACUUUUUAAAUGUAUUUGUGCCUUUAGAGACAUUAAGAAGUGAAACCAAUCAGGUAGGAAAUACAGUUUUUGUGCUUUCUUUUACACAUUAGUUUCUUCUGGAGAUAAUUUUGUGCUUUUCAAAAGCAAGACUUGGAAAUCUCCAAUGAACUCCAUCAACAGUUCUGAAAGGGUUAAGAUAGGAGUAAUGAGCAUGUGUUCACUCUUGUUUAAAUAACAAAGUUAGAUUUUGUUAUUAUGAGAAAUAUAAAAGUGUUUUGGAUUAUUUUUUCAAGGAGUUUCUGGAGAAGUGUAGAAGACUUGAGAAUAAGACGUCCAGGCUCAGUUUCCUGUCUUACAUGUAGUUCUUUUGCCUAAUCUAUAGAUAUUGUCAAAAGAUAAGUCUAAUAGAUGCCCUUUUUUAGAUAAUGUACAGAGCCUAAAGUGACCAAAGAUCCAUUCUUUAUUUUCUAAUUGAGAGGAAGUUAGUUAUAGCAUAGGUUCCUAGUAGUAAUAUUACUCAAACGAUAAUGACACUAUUCUUAAUGUCAACUACUCAGAAUGUAUAGAACAGCAUUAAUGUGGGUGAUUCCCUUCUCCCAUCUUAUUUCCCUUCCCUUUUCCUAUUCUUUCCCAUGUAUUUGUUUGCCUGAAAGAUAAAAAAUUGUUAUGAUUCUUAUUUGCUACUUUUGAGUAUGUAACUCCAUCAGACUUUGCAUGGGUCUUCAUUGUUGGAGCUCAAAAUUUAAUUCCUAAGUUUUCCCAUGAAUGUCUCUUUUUUUUCCCCCUGACCCUUUUCCAUUCUGCAGUUUCCCCUUGACUUACCCACUGCCCUUCCCAAUCUGUAACAGUGACAGUUUGCUGCCUCAAAACAGAGCAUUCAAAUGAAUUCGCUUAGCCAAUAACUUCUGUGAAGUUGCCUUUUCUAAUGGUGUUAUUACUCAGUGAUGCACAAAUGUGGUAUUUGCCCUACUGGUAGGCAAACAGAGGUCUGGUUAAGAAUGGUAACCUGCUGUUUUCUUUAAGGGAGAGCCAAAGACUUGUGCUUUACUGUUUUGGUUUUGGGAGAUAUAGUAGCCAUUUGAUUGUGUAACCUUUUAGUAUUUGUGAGUUGCCUGUACUGUGUAGAUUUAUCUAAAGUUAACUGUUAAAGUUAGCUGGCCUUAUAAAAUGUAAAAUUAAUGGAAAUUCAUCAGUUUUUCUAAACCUGUGAAUGUCAUCUUUUACAAUAUUUGUGUGUAAUCAACCACCCUGCCUUCUUUGAGACUCUUUUAUAGCAUCUCCCAUGGUUUUGUUUUUUCACUUGUGCCUGAAGGAUGAUACACUCUCAGGAUGGUCAGGUCAUGGGACUGGGUAAUCUUGAGUAUCUGGCUGGUGAGAAAUAAUUCAUUGUAGUCAGAUUCAGAGAAAAAUAAGAAUCUUCUCAUUAAAGAGAAUUCAUUUGCUUUUAUACACACACACACACACACACACACACACACACACAGGUCUUGCUGUCUUUUUUCCACUUUCUUUUUGUUCAUUUUAAAGAACUGAGUAAAGGCUUCAUAAUAAAAUCUCUCUGUAAAAACUACCUAUAAUGAUAUUUCAUUAGGAGAAAUGGCCCACUUACUUUUAGGAGAAAUGGAUAACUUGUCAGAUAAUUAACUGCAGUGUUUACUUCAACCUUUACCUUAAAAUAAUCCUAGUUUAUUAAAAUUUUAAUUAAUGACGCAUGGUUACAGUGUUGCAAAGGUGAUCUCUUCCCCUGAAAGUAAAAAUCAGAGCUGCUAAACUAAAAACAGAUUGUAUUCAGCCUUGGGGACUGAACAGACAAGCUGUCUACUACUGGUGUCAUUGUCCCCUGCAUGCUGUCUUAUUGAUCCACUUCUACAUUUCUACCUUGGACAGCUUUGAUUUUUUAUUUAUUUGUUGCUUCAGCUCAGCUUUAUGAAAUUUUUCUGCUGAAAUGAUAUUGGGAGUUGUAGAUGAAUUGCAGUUAAUAUUUUGUUUAAAUUCUCAAUUCCGCUUUUCUGAGCCACUUCAAAAAAGAAAGCUGUUUUUGUCAAAAGGUACUAUUAUAGUAGAUAACUUAAGAUUUGGAAUUUUAAGACUUUGUUUUUGUGAUUGCUGAAAGUCUUUUCACAAUAGAUUCUAAUUGAUAAGUAAUACUGGCUGUAAUGUUAAUAAUAAGAAACUGCCAACACCAGGAGUGACACCUUUUAUUAAUUGGUAUGUUCCCAGUCGGUGGAUUUUCAAUACUGCACUGAGCAGAGGGGGUCCAGAACCCUUUGCAGCCCUGUUGAGGUCGCUGGGUUACCUCACCACUGGAACCCUUGUUUUCAGAGCCUCUGAGUUUUCAGCCAAACACUGAAUUCCCCUAAACUUUGUCCUGAGCAAAACAUCCCUAGAGUAACCUUUAUUAUCACAAGAAAAUAAGGCACAACAUCCCAAGGUAGAGAACUUAAACCUGUAGACAAUAUUGUGUCCAAAUGUGUGUUUAGAGAAAUAAAAUCCUGUGGAGUUUGUUAUCCUAAUGUAUCUUUAUUAUAUACUAGAUAACGUGACUUGUUUUCUUAUAUUGAGAUUCCACUGUCUCUGGUUGGCUUUUCUUUGGUUUUGUGUUAGUUCUUGUUUUUUUUUUUUUGUUUUUUUUUUAACUCUAAGCAGACAGAGCUCACAAGUCUUUGGCAUCCGUUUUAGGUUAUACACUCAGAGUUGUCUUAUAACUGGAAACCGUCAGGUGGGGCCCACCCCAGCGAGCCUGUGAGAGGGGCCGAAAAGGGUGGGAACAAAUGGUGGGUUGGUAUAUUUUUUUUUUUUCUUUUUUGCCUGAUUUUUUUUUAAUUAAAAUUUUUAGUUUUAUCUCUCUUCAUUGAUUGGCUGCCUUUCUCACAAUAAUAUCUGAACUACCCCAUAAAAUAUUCCUUUGAUUUAAAGGCAUUUUAAGCUUUUUUGCCUCUAAUAUUCACCUUUCUCUCUUCAGCUGAGACACUCUCCUAUUUUUUUCAGAUGUAUUGUUGCCUAGUGUCUUUUCCCCUUUGUCUUUUCCCGCAUUAUGGGAUUGAAAGGAACUUGAAGAUUUUUUUCUUUCAUUUUAUUCAUUGGUCAUGGACUUUAUUAGCUUUAUGAUGAAUCUAUGACUUUGAAACAUAAGCAAUGGAAAAAGUAAAUUAAGGUAAUGAACAAAACCUUUCACCCACUUAAACAUUUUCCAGUUGUGAGAUUCCUCUUGAUGUGUGUGGUCUCUUCUUGUUACUCCCUGCUACCCUUUUUCUGACUAUGGUCAAUUGGUCUUUAGGCUCAUACCAGUCUCCCAGAGACAUUCUGCAGUCAUUAUCACCUUUUUGGGUGGAUUUUAUUUUGUUUUGUUUUUUAAAAAAAAAAAUAAUAACUUUUUAACAUUGAUGCAUAUUUGCUUGGGAUAGAGCUUGUGUAAUUUACCAAUCGUAUUGAUUGUAUGUGAUUGUGCCCUGCAGAGGUAUACUUAACAAGACAAAAAUAAUCUAGGCUAAUAAAGGAGCCCUUGAGAUUUGAGUCAGGUUAUAAGUGACUUUAUAAAUCACUUAGAAUUUUGAAUAGUGAGAAUUCUUUCUCUUAUUAUAAAUCAGUGCUAGAUAAAAUGUCAUUUUUUAAAGGUUUUCUUGCAUUCCUGGGUUGGUUGGUUGGUUUGUUUGGUUGGUUGGUUGGUGUGGGUUGUUUGAAUCCCAUUGCUUCGGUUCCUUGUUUUUUGUUUUGUUUUGUUUAGGUUUUUUUUUUGGGGGGGGGGAGGGGGGUUUGCCUGUCCCUACCCACUCGUUGAGAAAUUUAAAAAAAAUUUUUUAAUUUAAUGUUUAAACUUAAAGUGACAGCCAAUUUUUAAUUGCUGAAUUUUGUGAAAUUUUACUUUUUUCCAAAUGUUUCCAAUUUUAAAAGAAGUGAAGAUAGUGGGUUGGAAUUUCACAAGCUGUGAAUAAUUCCAUAGCGUCUGGCAAACUGUGAAAUCUUGUUUGAAGACUUUAUAUGACUUAUCUGAAAGUUCUUUUGGAAUAGGAAAAGAAAACCCUUGUUUGAAAUGGACCAUUUCCUCUCUUUAAAUCUGGUUAGUAUUUCUAAUUUUUAAGCAGCCUUCAAAACAAAUAAGGUGGAAAAAAAAAGAAAUAAUAGGACUAUGUUUAGAGCAGUAGACUCUGAAUAAGUACAUGUUCCACUUGUUGCAGGUUUUUGAGAGGAUUAGGGCCAUCUUUUUCUAUUUUCUAUUAUUUAUGUGCAUGUUGUUUAUAUCAAGAUGCCACAUUUUGUUAAAAUGCUAUUUCCUUCCUUUAUUACCUUGGAAACUGACUCAGCCUCUUGUUGCUCCUAAUUAGUAUUUAAGGCUCCCAUGAGUUGCAGAUAAAAGGAUUUACUUUAACAAGUAGAAGGAGGUGAUUCACCAUUUGGAUUGUAAAUAUAUGAAAGUGUCUACAAGGUCUUUAUCUGCUUUCUGUCAGCAUUUAUAUUAAAUGAUAAAUUAAUGAGGAA